AUGGCUCUGAGUCCAAGGGCUAGUCUGGUCCUCCAUGAAGACACAAAGGUGACACCCAGUCUCAACUCCACUGUGGCCCCAGGUUUAGGCUCUGGCACCAUCUCUGGGCCAAACCCAGAUACAGAACUUAUUACUAUUCUGAAUCCACCCUUGAAUCCUGGUUUGGCUCUUGUUCCAGACCUUAAUCCAAUUCUGAGUCCUGUUUCUGAGCAGGCCCCUGGCCUAGUGUCUGAUAACACCCCCAGACCUGUUGAAAGUGGGGCCGUGGCUGCAGCUUCCCUCCAGUUCACCGCUUCUCACUCUGAUGAAGCCCUGGGCCUGGAUUUGAAUCACAACUCAAGGCCUAACUCACAGGGGGCCUCAAACCUCGUUCUGAGCCAGGGCUCUAUCGAGGCCCAAGGUCUGAGCUUGGACAACCACUCUGGGUUGAAUUCUGAGGGCUUCAACUCCCACCCAAGUAUGAUUUUUGAUUUCGCUCUAAACUCCAAUCCCUCCAGGCCUGAAUUAAACCCAUUUGUAAGGUCCUAUUCAAGAGAAGCCCUACUUCUAGGCUCAUGUAUAUCCAGGCCAGGCUCAAAAGCACUUCUUAUUCAAGCCUCAAACUCUUCUCUGGAUUCCAGCUCCAAUCACUUGCUCGGUGUGGGCUCAAGAACUAUUUCCAGGUUGGACCUAAAUGUGGCUCCAGGUUCUUGUAGGACCCCAAUCCCAAACACAAAUGAGACCAUCACUUUGGCUUCACAUAACACCUUUGGGUCUGUUUCAAAAAGAGCCUUCGGUGCAUCCUGGAACACAAGUUCCAAAGGAACCAUCAAUGUGGCUUCAAAUAGCAAUGUCAAGUCUGAUUUGAACAUGACCGUCACUCAGGCCUCAUGCUUGGCCCUGAUUCCUGGCUCCAAUGAUGAUAUCAGCCUGCAUUCCAGCACCUAUGGACCCAACUCCGUCCUUUCUCCACCCUCAUGCAUGACCUUGAUACUGGGCUCCAAGGAGACUCUGAGUCUAGGCUCUAGCCUCAUCUUCAGUGACACAUCCACCUUGACGCUGAGCAGCCAGCAAGAUUGUUCUGAGGACAAUGCCACCCACAUCGUGCCCCUGGAGGACAAUCAGCAGAGCAGGAGCGAGAUGACCGGCACUGGGAUGGGCCAGACCCCCACUGGCAACACCACAGACAAGGACACCACAGCCUUCCAAAGUGUCCCUGAGCGAGCCUUUGAUGAAGUGGACUCAUGCCUGGUGAACGUGCCAGGGAAGGGAGAGGAUGGCAACAAAAUGACCCUGGUCGAGAAUGCCAUCACCCUCCAGAAGAGCCAGGAUAUGCUGGAAGAUGAAGGAAAGAAGAAGACCAUGGUGAAGAAGAUGAUGAGGCAGAUCCAGGAGGAGCCGCUGGAUUCCCUCUCCAGCCCCGUCCGCCAGGAGGCCAUGGAGACCCUGACGCAGCUGAGUCACACCCAGCCUGUCCUGGGUGUUCGGGAAAGGUCAGAGCUGGUGAACGCGUGUGUGAAGAGUGUGUUCUCCCUGCCCUCUGUGCAGGCCAUGCAGGAGAAAGACGAGGCCAAGGCUGAGACCAUCCAGACACUUUACCGUCAGACCUUGGAUGCCCUGCAGACGCUGCUCAACUCUCUCUGUGUUGAGGACCCCACUCCUGCUGGGCUGAAGAGCAUUUUGGAGCCCCUGGGGCCAUGGAUGAACUCUGGAAAGGCUCAUGAACGAGCACGUGCUGUGAACAGCAAUGUCUCCGUGUUGAACCACAUGCUUCUCACCCUGCCUUUCCUUAUGUCUUCGGGAUUCCCGGCACCGGGGCUUCUGCUGGGGAGACUCACCCUUCGCAUCGGGGAUCCUGAUGAGGAAAUUGGCCGGGAGGCUCUGGAAGGCAUCACCAUCCUCUACACUCUCCUGGAGCUCCAAAAACGAGCCAGAGAUAAGAAAGAGAUCAACAAGAAGGAACUAUAUGAGAGCAACAAGCGUUUCCUGGGGCCCUACAACCCUGUCAGCCCAUGCCAGAACAUUCUGCGUGUGAUUGCGGAAUUCGGAGACUUCCUGGGACCCCAGCAGGUAAAGGACCUGUUGCUAGCAGCCCUGGAAGGGCUGAAAGGUGGCUCAGAGGUUGAGGUGAAAGACUCCGGGGAGAUGAUGCAGCUGGCCUCGGAGGUCAUGCUCUGCUCCGUGCUGGAGUGGUACCGUCACAGGGCACUGGAGGUGAUCCCAGAAAUCAUGCAGGCUAUCUACGUGCAGCUGAGCCACAUCCAGGAGCCCCGGGCCCGCGAGGUGGCCCUGCUGCCCGUCUCUCUCCUGGCCAGCUCCUUUAUGACUGAGGUCGUUGUGGCCCUGCUCAUGUGCCCCCUCCCACUAGACAGCAGUGGAGCAGAGAUGUGGAGGCAGCUGAUACUGCGCAAGCCCAGCUGUGAUGUCCGAGACCUCCUGGACCUGCUCCUGAACAGCCUGAAGGAGAAGCCUGUCACCAAGAAGGGCAGGGCCUCCAUCGUGCCCCUAGCGGCAGCCAGCGGCCUGUGUGAGCUCCUGUCCGUCAACAGCUGCCUGGGCCGAGUAAGGCGCAUCUACCCCCAGCUGCUCCUGGCCCUGCUCGUUCAGGUCCAUUACCACAUCGGCCUCAAUCUGUCCAACCACGUGGGUUCCUGCAAGGACGCCAAGGACGCACAACCCUCUGCCUUCGUACCUGUGUGUUGGGUGGUCAAAGUGGUGAAAACCCUGCUGCUGAAGAUGGGCUGCUCAUACGAGGCCGCCUUUCUGGAUGACCAGGGCGGCUGGGAGCUCUUGGGGCAGGCGGAGAACCAUCACCGAGGAGUGUCCCUGCUGGCCAGGGCCAUGGUGCAAUACUCCUGCCAGGAGCUGUGCCGCAUUCUCUACCUGCUCAUCCCGCUCCUGGAGCGAGGCGACGAGAAGCACAAGAUCACUGCCACCGCCUUCUUCGUGGAGCUCCUCCAGAUGGAGCAGGUGCGGCGGAUCCCUGAGGAGUACUCUUUGGGCCGAAUGGCGGAAGGCCUGAACCACCACGACCCCAUCAUGAAGGUUCUAUCCAUCCGAGGCCUGGUCAUCCUGGCCCGCAGGACUGAGAAGACCGCCAAGGUGCAGGCUCUCCUGCCCUUCAUGGUGAAGGGUCUGAAGAGUGUGGAUGGGCUGCUGGUGAUGGAGGCAGGCCACAACCUCAAGACCAUCUUCAAGGGGCUGGACCGGAGGAAACUGAAUGACCACUCGGUCUAUGUGGAGAUGCUGCAGGUCCUGCUGCCACACUUCAGUGACCCACGGGAAGAUGUGCGCUCCUCCUGCAUCAACCUGUAUGGCAAGGUGGUCCAGAAGCUGCAGUCGUCGCCCCGCACCCCUGCCAUGGAGGGACAGCUGGUCAGAACCUUGGUUCCCCUGCUGUUGACCAUGCAAGAGGGCAACACCAAGGUGAGCCAGUUCUGUGUGAAGACCCUGUUCCGCUGUUCUUGCUUCAUGGCGUGGGAGUUGCCAAAAAGAGCUUAUAGCCGGAAGCCCUGGGACAGCCAGCAGCAGACGGUGGCCAAGAUUUGCAACUACCUUGUGAACACCCACCGAGACAGUGCCUUCAUAUUCCUCAGCCAGAGCCUGGAGUACGCCAAGAAUUCCCGGGCCUCCCUCCGGAAGUCCUCGGCCAUGUUCAUAGGGUCCCUGGUCCCCUUCAUGGACAGCAUAAUGACGGAAGAGCGUCUGAAUGAAGUUAAAGCCACUCUGGAAAACUUGAGACACGACCUGGAAGCCUCUGUGUGCAUCUGUGCGGCCCAAGCCCAGGACAACAUCCUGGCCAGCUGCUGGCGGAACUCAUGGCCGCUGCCACAUGGGGACUCCUGGGUGUGUGACCCGGCCACCACGCAUCGCUGGAGCCCUAGCUGUGAGAACCUGCCCACUUCCCACCGGCGGCGCUCCUGGAUCAUGCAGGCACUGGGCUCCUGGAUGACGUCCUUGAAGGAGUGA